UGUAAUAACACUUACUUAGUCAUUUGUUUUCCUAUUUGCGCAGUCUCCUAAGUUAGUUCAAAUUGUGACAUGCAGUUUUAAUUAUAUCUGUACUUCAACAAUGAAGUCUUGAUUUUCCACGAAAAUAAUUUGAAUACAUGUCAGGCAUCAUUUCCAACCGAAAUAUGUAUUCGUUAAUGAUUAAACGAGGUGUAAUCGCAGGAAUUACAGCCGUAUUCGUAGGUUUUGCUUAUAGUUAUUUCAGCGAAGAGGAAUGUUUUCAUGACUUCCUUUAGUGAAGAAUACUGCUGCUAAAAUGAAUCAGUUAAGAAAUCGCAUAUUUAAGAUAGGUGGGAUUUUUUCAUCAGCUAGUUUAUCCGCUAAAUUUUGCCAUGCACAAAGUGACACAAAGACGGUGUAUGAUUUUGAAGUCCGUGACAUCAACGGAGAGUUGGUGUCUAUGGAAAAGUACAGGGGCCAUGUCUUGCUAGUUGUGAAUGUUGCUUCCUUGUGUGGUUUGACAGCUACUAAUUACAAAGAGCUAGUCGAACUGGAUGACAAUUACAGAGAUAAGGGUUUAAAAAUCCUCGCAUUCCCCUGCAAUCAAUUUUCCAAACAAGAGCCUGGAUCAUCGGAGGAGAUCAUGUGCUUCGCGAAAUCAAAGAAUGCUACCUUUGAUUUCUUUGAAAAAAUUGAUGUCAACGGAAAGAAUGCAUCGCCACUGUGGGAAUACUUAAAAUCGAAGGAAGGAGGGUUUAUUACAAACUCGAUAAAAUGGAACUUUACAAAGUUUAUUGUUAACCACAAAGGAAUUCCUGUGGAAAGGCAUGGGCCCACAACCGCACCUUCAAAACUGAAGUCGUCCAUUGAAAAAUAUCUACAUGAAAAGGAAGCGGCUGGAGAGUAGCGUAAAAAGUAAUUAAAGUAGAGAUUUUAGUAUUCACUAUACCCCUUUUAAAAUAUCAAAAUGUGAUAGUGAAUAUUCCAGUAGUUUUGCUUUAGUAAGCAUUUAAAUAAAUUUCAACUUUUCUAAGACUUAUAAAAAUUGUAAACUUUAAAAAAAUAUUGUAUAUUUAUUAGUAUUUAAAUAUCGAUUAUUAAAGGCCAACUUUUUUCUGAUAUUCAAGCAAGACAAAUUUGUUUUGUUGUGUUUAAAUUCAUUGCAUUUCUUACAAUAAUAUUUAAAUUUUAAAGCAAGGCUAAGUAACAAGUUAAAAAAUAAACACCUAAAAAUCAACAUUAACAAUCUUACUGAACAAGUACAAUGUCAUGCAUAUAGACUGAGUUUAAAAUGGAAGCAGCCAGCAUUGGAUGCUAAUUUUUGGAUUCUUUCAGAAAUAACAAAAAAUCUCUUCUUUUUUAUGUGGACUACAUACAUUUAUGACUCCAUGGACAUAACUGGUUUUGAUUAUUUACUUCUUUUUUGUUUUUGCUCUUUCUUCAAGUUGUUGUGUUCUCUGCUGGUUUCUCCCUGUGUGUAAAAUAUUUUGAAUUCUUGUACUAUUUCAUUUAAUUAUUUGGAGAAAUAGCUGUCUGUUAUAGACUGAGCUUAAAAUGAAAACAGCCAGCGUUGGAUGCCAGUUUUUGGAUCCUUCAGAAAUAACACAAAAUCUCUUCUUUUGUUUGUGUGUGUGUGUGUGUGUGUUGACUGCAUAUAUUUAUAAUGGUCAUGACAGGUUUUGUUUAUGUAUUAAGCUAAAAUUGCUUUCCAGUUAUUGUCUCAGUUCUUCAUAAAUCAAGUUGUUGCGUGCUUUGUCGGUUUUAUCUAGUGUUAAAAAAUAGUUUGCAUUACUACUAUUUCAUUGAAUUUUUCUGAUAAAAAGCUUUCUUCAGCAUAUAUGUAAUGACUCCAAAAAUAUAAGAAUUGUCUUUUAUUAUUAUUUCAAAUAAACUGUUAAAAUAUA